AUGAAAGUGGAAGGAAAGGAAGCGGCGAUAUUAUCUUUUAAAGCGAUGCUGUGCCAAGUUCUUGAUCCUCGGACUAGACUCGUAUUGUUCCGACUUCUACAACGUGGAACCUUGACCAAUAUCCAUGGAUGCAUUUCCACAGGCAAGGAGGCCAAUGUCUACCACGCUACCGAUGAGAAAGGCUCUUUGGCUGUGAAGAUCUACAAAACGAGCAUUCUCACCUUCAAGGAUCGCGAGCGCUAUGUCGCUGGUGAGUACAGAUAUCGAACUGGCUACUGCAAACACAAUCCUCGGAAAAUGGUUGCCGUUUGGGCAGAAAAGGAAAUGAGAAAUUUGCUACGAAUGCAUCAAGCCGGUCUUCCUGUCCCGAAACCCAUCUUACUUAAGGGUCACGUGCUUGUGAUGGAGUUCAUUGGUCGUGAUGGCUGGGGUGCUCCACUUUUGAAAAAUGCCACUUUGUCACACGAGAUGGCUGAAAAGCUAUACCUUCAACUCGUCCGCGAUAUGCGAACAUUGUAUCGUGCGUGUAAACUAGUUCAUGCUGAUUUGUCCGAGUACAAUACUCUUGUUCUUGACGAUCGCCUGUUCAUUAUCGACGUCUCUCAGUCUGUUGAACAUGACCAUCCACAUGCUUUGGAUUUCUUGAGAUCCGAUUGUAACAACGUGUGCAAGUUCUUCAGAGGAUUAGGGGUACCUGUGCUACCAAUAGCCAAGCUUUUUGAGCUCAUAGUUGAUCCACUCAUUGGGGACAACGAUGUUGCAAGCUGGUUAGAAAAGCGAACAUUGGAUCCAUCAGACGAUGCUCUUUUCAUGAACGCUUUCAUUCCUCACAAACUCGAUCACGUUCUUCAUUUCGAGCGAGACAGUAAAUUGUUGAAGGCUGGCGAGGAGGCUAACAAUCCGUUCCAGAAUAUCAUCUCAAAGGUCGAUGUGUUGGGUCAAGGUUUCAUUGAGCGCGGCGUUUCUUCGUCUGAUGACGAAUCCAUUUCGCGAGGCCAUUCUGACGAUGAUGAGAAUAUCGUAGGAGAGGCGAAGGGGAGGGUCACCAGUGGCAAAUACUUCAGGUAA